AUGACCGAUCCCUCGUCCGGUUCUGCGUCAGCUCGAGACCAGCCAACUGGCCAGGGCGGUCACCACAGCAGCAGCAGCAGCAGUAGCAGCAGCACCAUCGGCGGCAGCGGCAACAGCCCCCUCCCUUCAUCGAUAGGCAGCCAUCCCCCGUCCUACGGCGGUGGGCACCACGGCGGCCGGAUUUCUUCCUCCGGCGGCGGCGGCGGUCCCGGGCACCCGAGCCCCCCGCAUCCGCAGAUCCAUCACGCUCUCCCCCCCGGUGUCGGCCAUUCUCAUCAUCUCGGAGUUCACCACUCCUCCGCUUCCCCCAUGCCCCACGUUGCCCCUUCCGCUGCCUCGCUGCCGCCGUCUGGCCCCGGUGGCUUUGGGUCCUCUCUGCCUGCCUCUGGUGGACCCAACUCCGGGCCCUCUGGCGGCCGUUCCGGCGGAUCUGGCGGGUCAUCCUCAAAUCAGCGCCGUGGCCGUCGUGGCCGCCGCACCGAUGACACCCAUGCCACCUCCUCAUCGGGGUCUUCAUUGACUUCCGCGGCCCCUGGCGGCAGCGGUCCCGGUGGCGGCGGGGGUCAUGGCGGUGGCAAUGCCAGCGGCCAUGGCGGUGCUGGCCACCCCGGCCUCGGGCCCGGUGGUAAUGCCGUCGGGGCCGGCGCAAACAACGGUGGUCCUCAUGCGCACAUGUCCUUCGCCCCAACCCGCGGGGCCGAUGCCUUCCCCGGCAGUUACUUCCACUCUUCCCCUGCUGGCCCCAAUCCCGAGCAGGAUCUCCUCCCUCACGCCUCUUCCAGUAUGCCCCCGCCACCGGCCUCCUCCGGUCCCAGUGGCAAUGCCCGCACCUACAACAACAAUCCCCGACCCGCUCGGCACUGGCUUCAUCCGCUGGAUGAUUGGAGCAACAACCCCGAUGCCUUUGUCGUGCAUGUGAAGAAUCUCCCGCACGAUGUCACCGACCAAGACGUCGGGGACUUCUUUUCCAAAUACGGCAAGGUCAAGUAUGCGACAUACGUCCGGGACAAGAACGGCGGCUCGCGCGGCUACGGCUUCAUCGUCUAUGAGCAUGCCGAAAGCCUGGAGCUGGCCGUUCGCAAUAACGGCGUGUCCCUGCGGAAUCGCGAACUCCAAAUCGAGCGUGCCCAGCGCUCCUUCGAGGUCAAUUACACCACCAACAAGUACCCCUACUACCCGCGCGGGACACCGGAGUUCCUGGCCCAGCGAUCGGAGAAGGCUCGCGACCGGGCUGCCAUGCGCGCCGGCACCGGUCGUGAUCGUGACCUCAGCCCCGGUCGCGCGGCCAUUGCCUACCCCCCGGAUCCGAUGAACCCGGAGGACGAGUACUCGGCUGCCGGGCUCAACAUCGCCCACUUGGGCAUCCACGGCGGUGGGCCUGGCGGUCACCGCGGUGGCAGUGGCGGCGGCGGCGGCGGCGGCGGCGGCGGCGGCGGCGGCGGUAGCGGCGGCAGUGGCAGCAACAUGCGCACGGGCCCGGGCGGCCCGCUUCACCACCACCACCACCACCACCACCACCAUCACCAUGGCCAUGGCCACGGGCCACAGGGUGGCGUGUCUCUCGGCGGUGCCGGGCACGAUAAUCCCGGCGUCUUCCCCGUAACAUCGGGCAAGUCCUCCGCCGGAAAGCUUGGGCUCGAUUCGUCGUACAUCUCGCGCGGUCGAUCUGGUUCUCUCGGUGCCCCGGCGCACCUUUCCCCGGGGGGCGAUGGCAGCGGCUUCCCCAGCCGGCGCCCCAGCCACUCGUCUUUGAAUGCCACCCCGAACAGCGGGACUACCACUCCCCCGGCCGCCGGUCACCACCUGCCCACCACCACCACCACCGCCGCCGCCGCCACCACCACCGGCAAGUCUCACGGCGGCCCCACCGGCCCAGGGGGGGUCUCCUCGCCGACUCUUUCCGGCCGGCACAUGCCCCCCUCGGUGGCCGAUGGCCCUGGUGGCGAUGUGUCGAUCUUGUCGCCGUCGAACCUGCCGAGCGGCGGGACCAUCGCCGGCCCGGGGCAUCCGUCACCGAGCGCUGGUCCGGCGGCCGGCGGUGGCAGCAUCCGCGCCCCCCUGGCCCGGCCACCUGCUCCUGUCACCGGUGCCGCAUCGUUGUCGUCGUCGUCGUCGUCGUCGGCCGGGGGCGCUCCGUCCUCCACGCACCGGCUUCCCCCGCCGGCCGGCCCCUCGACCGGGCCCGUCCGUGCUCCGCGGCCAGCCUUCCCCACGGUGGCCGCCGGUGGUCCGGUUGGCAUGGUUUCCCCGGCCCAGCUGGUGGCCGCCCCCUCGCAGCUUGCCCAACCGAUCCCGCCAUCGGCCGGUGAUGCGCUCGCUGUUCCUGUCCCUGGUGCCACCCCGCGCCCCCGGCCCCCGGCAGGCAUUGGUCGGUCGGCAGCCGCGGCGGCCGCGGCCGCUGCCGUUGCCGCAGCCUCCGCCCCGACGGCCCCCUCCCCUUCAGUAAUGGCAGUGCCUUCCCCCUCGUCCUCGUCUCCCUCGCCGCCGGCAGCGGUGCCCGCCGUCACUGCUGCGGUGGCUGGCUCUUCGGCUUCGGCUUCCACUUCUGCCUCUGCCUCCGCCUCCGCCUCCGCCUCCGCCUCCGCCUCCGCCUCCGCCUCUUCCUCCUCGUCCUCUAUCGGGGGCUCCCCGUCGGCGGCCUCUCCCGGUGGCUUGGCAGCCGUGGCCACCGCCUCCAUUGAGCAUGGUAUUCCCCCACUGCCGGUCAGUUCCACCGGCAGCGGCAACACCACCCCCCCGACGGUUGUCGGUGUGGCAGCCGGGUCCGAUGCCUCGGCCGGGUCUUCUGCCGGCAGCGGCAGCGGCAGCGGCAGCGGCGGGCCUUCCUCCCUGUCGAGCCCUUCUUCCGGGCUGAACUUCGGUGCGGUCGGCUCGCGCGUGGCCUCGGGCCCGGUGGCUGGCCCGGGUGUCGCGUCCACCGGAGGAGUGGUGUCCCCCUCGGGGGCUUCCGGCCCCGGGAGCGGGACCUCCCCGGCUACCGGCGCCGGUCCGGGCAGUGGAGCCGCCUUCCCUGGGCCCAUUGGCAGUGUGGGGGCAUUUGUCACCUCCGGCGGUGGGUCACUCAAUUUCGGCCCCGGAGCCGGGGCCCUCCACCCGGGGCUGGACUCCUAUGCUCAUCACCAUUCUCACCAUCAGCUGCAUUCGCACCAUCUGCACUCGCACCAUGGGCACCAUAUGAUGCACGCUGCUCCGGGCUCCGGAGCGGGGCCCGGUGCCACUGCCGGCCACCGGCCCGGCGAUGCCGGGUCCGCACUGCUCAAUGGCGGUCUCCUGCGCCCGGGAGCCGGGGCCCUUUCGGCUUCGGCCUUCUCCCUGGCCGGGCCGUCGCUCCUGCAGCCCUAUGUGUCGUCGCUUGGACUCGGUCCGGCCGGGGCACCGGCCGUGCCUGGCGCCCCAGCAGCGGCUCCCGGCCCCGGCGCCGGGGGCCCCACCUCGCCGCCCACUUCGCCGAAGCACCCGCUGGCGGCUUCGGCGGCCGUCGGGACCGGGAUCUCCCCGCCCGGCAAGGUCGCCGACCCGGCGGCCCCUGGUGUGGCCAUCGUCCCGGGAGGGGGCGCCCCCUCGAGUGGACCCGCCGGUGUUCCCCCGUCCUCGGUGGUGGCUCCCGGCGGCACGACCGCCAGCACCGGCGGUGGCACCUUCAAUCCCUUCGAGUCCUACCCGAUGGGUGGCCUGUUGCUGAGUGACUUCCUGGGUCCCGGGGCCGGCCCCGGGACCGGCCCCGGAGGGGCCCUAUCCUUCUCGGCGGCCAUGAAGCAGCAUGGCGGCUUUGUCCCCUUCGGCGGGGCCUCCUCCUUGCACACGCCUGUCCAUUUGCUGAGUAGCGCGGCGACCGGCGCCUCUGCCGGGGCCGGGGCCUCCUCGCUGAGUGUCUCCUCUGCCGCGGCGGUGGCCGCCUCCUUCUUGGAUGACGCGGACAAUGACCUGUCGCUGUUGGCCGCGGCGGCAGCCGAGGCGGGCGGUGUCUCGCCACCCGCCGGCGGCGAUCAGCCCGCCGUCUCGCCGGAUGCCUUGCUGGUUCCGCACUCGCUGUCGAGUGACACCCUGGCCGAGCCGACCGGCUCCGGGCCCGGGGUCCCCUCCGGUGGUCCUCCCGGAUCUGGGCUUUUCAUUCCCUCCCGUAGUGACCUGUCUCCCUUUUCGGCGGGCCCGGGCCCCAGCGGCGCCGGCAUCUCCCUGCACCAUGCCCAUCCCUUUUCCUCGCACGGUGGUGCCCAUGACUUCCGCAACCCCUCGGCCCUGACAAUCGGCGGGCUGCUGGAUUCCACUGCCGGUGCUGGUCCUUCCCAUUUUGCUGGCCAUGCCCUCGGCACGCCGAGCUCGUUGCUGUAUCACCCGGCCAGCUCGGCCGCCCUUCCCGGCCAUCACCACCCGUCGGUUUCCCUUCUCGGGGCCACUGGCCAUCAUCACCACCAGCUGGGCAGCCUCGGGCUUGGAGCCGCCGCCGCCGCCGCCGCCGCCGCCGCCGCCACCGGUGCCCUGCCGAACGGCCCUUCCUCGGGACACUUUUAUGAUAUGGAGCUCGGACGCAACAGCGCCCUGAUCACUGCCGAGACGGCUGGUCCCUCCCCGGAUUCGGCCUCCUCGUCGCUGUCCCUGCCGGCCUCGGCUCCGGGGUCCUCCUCGGGUACGCCGCGCCUGGCCACCCUUGAGCACCAUGCCGCCGGAGCGCCGACCGGUGCCACCGGGGUGGCUCCCCUGCUGAAGCAGCAUCCUGGCGCCGCUGGAUCUGGCACCGUGUCGCCGACCGACCCGGCAAGCGCCCAGGACCCCACCGCGGAGACCACUACCUCCGGCUAA